AUGCCGUCCCCAUGCACAAGACCCCGGUUCAAACAAAAGAAGCAGCCGCAACAAACUGAAACAUUAAGCCCCCCUACGAAGAUGUCCCUACCGUCACAACGCAAAUUCAACCUCAAUGCCAACAAGGCAAAUCCCGCGGUGAGUGGAGGGCUUAGACGUUCAAACGCACAGCACCGUAAACGCGAAGAUCUGGUCCCACUGAUGUUCGACCCUGCACAGGCACUGACAUUUGACCAGUCGUCAAAUAGCUGGAAGAAACAAGAAUUCAGACAGGAUACUCUAAACCAACUUACUAUCCGUUCCGGUGCGGAAACGACUCGAAACAAGGACAAGGGGAAGCGCCCUGCGAAUAUGAAUGCAUGGUCAACAAAAUCUGGUGGUGUUUGUUCGACAACGACGAUAACGACUUCGAAGAGUAGUAGUCUCAACCCUGCAAGUGCUAGUAGUAGUGCUCAGUUAGCUGGCCCGACUCGUGAGCGUGGGAAGAUUGAGACUGAUCCGAGCAAGGUCCGGUGGCCUUUGAUUGGGGUGAGGCGUUGA